CAAGCAAGGGUGUCGUUUGCCACCCUCGGUCACAGUCACCCUCUCGCGUUUUGCGCAUCGCAGGCGCCUCGCCUCGUCACCGACCGAAUUACGCAUCACCGACCCGCGGCUUUUCGCGUUUUUCGCACGACAACACGACGAGAGCGCGCGCGCGCGCGCGCGCUCCCGCACUCUCUCGCGUGAAUCCCGUCGCGCACGCCAACACGAAGACGGUGGCACGCGUCGCACGGGUCGUUCCAUGUUUCGUUUUCGCGGCCAGCGAGAGUUAUUGAUUCCCAUCGGGAACCGCGCGACCGUCCGGCCAUUCGCCAACACUCGCAGAGCACACCUGCCGACGACGACGCGCUUCACCUACUUUCGCACCCACUUCUGUUUCUUCUUUCCCGUCGGUACCGACGUGAAGUGUGCUGCAGUAAUAAUCGACUAGACCUUAUUCGAGGAAUUAGAGAGAACCGACUCGCGUUAAUCCGCAACAGCCAACAUGAAGAUCGUACUGUUGAACAACUUUCUGCACUUCUUCAACCUGAAGCAGGGAACGGUGCUGAUCGCGAUACUACAAUUGUUCAUAACCGGAUUCACCCUGAUAUUCUUCGUCCUGGCGAUGGCGCACGCGAUAGGGAUUCAGGAGAUGGUGGUGAGAGACACCGAGGACGCCCUCGAGAGGGAGGCUUUGGAGGAGAUCUCGUCGAACCACCUCAACACGAAAAGAAUGGACCUUGCGCAUCACAACGCAACUGAAACGGUAUAUUCCAUGUAUUGCGGCCUCGUCAUGGCGAUAAUCCACUUCAUCAGCACGAUCAUGCUUCUAUACGGGACCCUGACGAAUAAUCGUCACUGUAUGACACCCUGGAUGGUGGUCAUGAUGAUCAUCAUAUCGUCUCUCGUGAUCUCGCUAUUCUUGGUAGGCGAGAAUUGUCCCUUCAUCGCUAUCUUAGGCGGAAGAGCGAAUUUUUACGAACGUAUGAUCGUCCUCUGCGUGGUGGUCGCGAACUUCUAUAUCUGGUUUGUGGUGUACAGUACUUACAAAAGUCUGGAGACGAAGAGGGGACUCAUGCAUGAGGUGCACUGCGUGAAGAAAAAGUACGCAGUGCCCGCGUUGGAGAUGUCGAAGGUGAUCCCGACCUCGGCGAAGAAGCCCUUCGAAGUUUAAGGAUAUUGUCGUACCGAAAGUAGCAACGGAGAAUUCGCGCGUUACAAUGGUAGGAAUGAGACCGGUGGUCUCGCGAAAGCGCAAGAUCCAGCCGGAAGAUCGUGCGCUUUCGGGCGAGUCGCACGCUCAGUCACGGUCGGGACGGUAAUUUCGGAACGAUUACGAAGUCGCAGGUGAUACGAAGUAAUAUCGGCUCAAAAGGCGAGCAAUCACGAAAAAUCAGUGACGAACAGUCGGAACGAAAAGACAGUUCACCGUGGGAAGCUCAAGGGCAAAAAUGGUCGCGUUUCAACGUUCCUUCUCUUUCGCUGGUGCAUUCUAUCGUGUGCACGGUAAAAAACAUUGUGUACUUAUGUUAAAACCGGCCCUUGUUAAAAUGAUCCUCGGUAUAUGAUCUCAUUUCAAUACGACGCACACAGAUUCUAACGCUGCGCUUAGGUCUUAAUUGAGCAACUGCAUGUCAUCUAUUGUAUGCGCACACGUCGGCCUGUUCCGACGGGUAAAAUUAUUCACCGAAGUUAGUCUCACCGCUGAUGCGAAUGCGCACUUCUCUUCGCGCGCAAGACUGAAUUUAAUUUAACGUACGACACGAAACGAAACCCGGGAGAUUCGCUUGAUCGUCGUCGUUAGUCAAUCAUUCGAUCGACCGAUCAAUCGGUCGUGACCCGUAAAUAACGUAGCGCAUCCUCGAAUCGCGCAGAUAAUCGUCGGUAAAACGGAGCGGUUGUUUUGCGGGUGGCAUUGAUGAGUAAUUUUAUUUCGUAUCUCAACCCAACUGGUUUGUGAAAUUACAACCUUGUUAUUUACGGCAAUAUCCCGAUAUAAAGUGUAGUCAUCUCUUGUGUAUAUGUAUAUUAAAUGUAAGGGGAAAACGUAAAAAUAAAAAAAAAAUUACAAUAAUCCAAUAAGUAUACAUGUAUAUAUGUAUAUGUUUAUACAUGGUGUAUUCUCGGCUUAUGAAACAAACGGGGACGAACGAGCGCGCAUGUUCGUUGAAUAGUCACGAAACGCAAUGUACUUGCAAUGAUGAUUUACAUAAAGUCGUCGAGAAAUUCUCGGAUUUUUCGAUGAUGCGCGUCAAACGAAAGAAAUACGUUUCUUUUGUAUCUAGGAAAACACGUGAUCCAGUAAGACAGGGUUGGCCGGAAAAUUCCAAUAAGCGGAAAACCCAUGAUAAAUUCCAGUUCUAACUGUCUCGGACUCUAUCUAGUGGAAUAAACUGGCAAAAACUACAACUAUAAAACUAUAAAAAAGACUAAUAUAUAAUACUAAAAUAUAUUUAUGUAACUUUAUGCAAAGAGAUAUUUCCGCUUUAAUUAGUAAAUCCUAUCGAUCGUUAUGAUUUAAGGAAAAUCGAAACCAGUAUGAUAAAAAAGUCUGUUUUAAUUAAAAUUGACGUGUAAAAUAUGUGAAGUUCUUAAGACAAAAACUUGGAAGAUAUAAAUGUCACUCGAUUUUAUAUCAGUUUUUGGAUUAAUGGAGAAAAAACAAUAGUAUAAUAUUAAAAAUUCUUGCCAGCAUAAAUCUGGUUUGCGUAUACGUUUACUUUAACGUUAUUACACCUUUGAGGAUGCUGUUUCGGUCGUGGAAUUUUACACAUAUUAAUAUUCCACAAGCAAUACAUUUCUGCCUAUUAACGUUAACAAUAGAACAGAAUACAAAGCAAACGCCCAUAUAGCGUUUUUGUGUCUUCCUCCUGAUACAUUUUUCAAAUUACUCAUGUUAAAUGAUCUCACCAGCAAACAAUAAAAGCGUAAUAAUUAACACAUCUGUGUGAAAAGAUUCAUAGAAGUGUGAAUAUAUGAUCGUGCAUGUUUUACUUGUUUUUUUACGUGCAGAUUCUUGCGCGUGGAAUCAUAGCUAGGUCUUUUUAGGACUGCCUGUGAAUUAGAAUAUCGAUAAAAACGUUUUCUAUUUAUUUUAUCGUUUAUUCGUGAUCAGUUUUUCUGGAAAAUAUCGAUUUUCACCAUUUAUCCAAAAAAUCCGGAAUUUUGCCAACCCUGCAAUAGGGACUAGUACGGUCAAUUUCGACUAUCCGGGCACGUGAAUCUUUCAGUAACUGAGUAAACGUCAGGCUGAGUAAAUUCCUGAAGAAAACUUAAUUUCAGACGGCAUUAUCAUCCGUAUCGUUAGAAAAAUCAAUAACUUUAUAACGUCUGAAAUUAACCGUACUCUCAGUUACUGAAAGACUCGGGAUGCCCGAAUAAUCGAACAUGACAGCGCUGAUAUGGACACGUGAUUUGCAUUGCAAGGCUUUUCACGCAAGCGAGAACGAAAUAUGAUCAGCUGUAUCUCGGAGUCGCGAUGAUAUUUAUGGCCAACGUUUGAUUUCUCAAUUAAUUGCGCAGCGUCCUUAUCUAAAGUGUAAGAAAAAAGAUGAGUAUCACACGCCAACGAGUAACUCGCGAUGUUCCCCGGCGGUAACGAGAUGUCACCCGCGGACAUUCCCUUCGUUUGUUGCGUUGAAAAAAAAAA